UUGGAUAUUCCUGAAACAUUUUUUUGCCAAGGCACAACAGCUCCUGGAAUAGAAGGACUUUGUUUGCUGUUAAGGCGACUGACUUACCCUUGUCGCUACUCUGACUUGAUACCUCGUUUCGGGCGACCAAUACCAGAGCUGAGCAUGAUUUACAACAUUGUUUUGUAUCACAUUUACAACACACAUGGUCAUAGAAUAAGUCAGUGGAACAAUACAAUUCUAGAUCCUGUGAGUCUAGAGAGGUAUGCUGAAGCUAUCCAUAACAAAGGUGCAGCACUGGAUAACUGUAUAGGGUUCAUAGAUGGAACUGUGAGACCCAUCUGUCGUCCCGGGGAAUUACAAAGAGUCGUCUACAAUGGUCACAAGCGGGUUCACGCACUAAAAUUGCAAUCAUUUACCUUGCCUAAUGGUAUGAUUGCAAAUAUGUACGGGCCUGUAGGUAAGUCUGUGGUUCAGAAUAUACCUCAAAUAAAAUUGUUGCUAAGUGUUCAAAACCCUUCAUGUUUGUAAUUUGGGUUCUGACUAUGAAUUUGCCGUUUUGGUUUUCAAUUUUAUUGCAGAAGGAAGAAAACACGAUGCCGGUAUGUUGGCAGAUUCCGGACCACUCAAUGAUCUACAGCGCUUUGCAUUUUCUUCCACUGGUCAACCCAUGUGCCUUUACGGUGACCCUGCCUACCAUCUUCGCAUCCACCUGCAAGUUCCCUUCAGGAACGCAGUUCUAACUCCUGCCAUGCAAGCCUUCAAUUCCUACAUGAGUGCUGUGCGUGAAUCGGUAGAAUGGCUCUUUGGCGACAUUGUGAACUAUUUUAAAUUUAUGGAUUUCAUAAGAAUUUAA